CCAUCUCCUUUGUUGCUAUGGUGUUCUGUGGCUUGACACGUGACCUGCCUUCUCAUCAGUCCACACACAAGUUCCCGGAGCCAGGCUCAGCGAAUCUACAAACAAACUCACUUUUGGCACCCACAGAGGUGAAACAGGAGACGGAGGCUGGGCACCGCUGCUUCCCUGAACCAAGGCAACAGCUAAACCUUUCCAAACGCCCACAACAGCCACUUGGUUAAACAGAGGCACUGGAAGCCUAGCACAUCGUUCCAGCAUGAGCCCCAGAUCUAACAGGCAUCUGUCACUCCCGAGCGACUGUUGCAUCUCACCAUCAUUCUGAUUCUGUUGCAGGGACCUUUAAGUCACCACAGAACCAGAGCAGAGGAGGACAAAGGGGGCUGUCAAGAGAGCUAAGGAGCAUGUGGGGACGUUGACCUGACCCAUCCAACCUCGUUGGCCUUUGGCAGCAGCGAUAAUUUGGAAAACAUGAUUCCCAGAGAGAACAUUUGCUGAGAAAGGGCAGGCAAAUCCUCUCCCCCCCCCAACUGCACACAAACAAUGUAGCUAGCUAAAGAGCAAAGAUCGAAGCACUUCACUCAGAGAAAGCUGUUUUGCAUUGCAAAAGAGGACAAGAGCUUGGCCGGGCACUUUUGCAGCAACAGAUAGGUGCGCGCUGGUGCAUUGCCUGUGGCACCUGUCAGAGGAAGACCCCAAUUCUCCUCUAAUGUGAAUUAAAGGAAAGGUGAAUCUCAGGGGUUGUGCCUGCACACACACUCCUGUCCCUGGGAGUGCGGCUUUUGCUGAGGGAGGCCCUGCCAGAUACUGCCUCCACGUUGCAAUGGCGCAACAGCACGGCGGCACUCCAAAUCCUGCUGCACUGGGACCCGAACAGGUUCAACUCCUUUUGGCCACAAGCAAAGAAGCCAAGCGGUUUGCCUACUGCCCCUACAGCAACUACCCGGUGGGGGCUGCCCUCCUGACCUCCGAUGGGAAGAUCUUCUCUGGUUGCAACAUUGAAAAUGCAUGUUACCCGCUGGGCGUGUGUGCUGAGCGUACGGCGAUCCAGAAGGCAGUGUCAGAAGGGCAUACAAAAUUUCGAGCUAUAGCUAUUAUUUGCAACAGCCAAGAAACCUUCGCGGUGCCCUGUGGGGCUUGCAGACAAGUGCUCAGAGAGUUCGGCAAACAUUGGGAGAUCUUCUUGGCCAAGGCAGAUGGGACACACAUUCAGAAGACUUUGGAGGACUUGCUGCCUUUCUCCUUUGGACCAGAAGACCUGAAGAUGGUCUGAAGAGCACAAGAAACAACCCACAGAGGCUUUGGUGACCUUAAUGCUCCCUGCAUGAUGGACAGAGUCCUUUUAUAUAUUUCAAAGCUAUUGCAGAUUCAGAUAUUCAGUUCAAAUGCGAUUCCUUUAGCCCAUCCUGCACAUUCAGGGAGGGAGCUACUUUGGAAGUCACCCGGCUAAGAGCGAUAUUUAUGAAAGCAAGGAAUGGUAGAGCAUGAGACUCUUAAUCGCAGGGUCAUGGGUUUGAGCCACACCUUGGGUGAAAGAUGGGGUUGGACUAGAUGACCCUUGGUGUCC